AUGGCGCUGAUCGUGCCGGAAGAAUCGCAACGGCCGUACCGGUUUGGCAUGACGCUGGUGUGCAUCGGCGCCCUGUUCAACUGGCUCGGGCUGGCCGACCACCACACGAAACCCGUGCCGGCUGUCCGGUACAUUGGAGUCGGCCUGGUCGCCUCGGGGGCAGUGCUCAUAUGCAUGGCCAUGUGCUUCUGGAUGAACAGCGUGCGAGACGACGAAGACGACGAGUCGAUAGACCACAUCCACGUGAUAUCACUGGACCCACCGGUGCGGCUGGAUGAGAAGCCGCCGGACUACGCUUCGGUGGUGGACGUGCCGCCGCCCAGUUACGAUGACGCGAUCAAGUUGGAUCCGCAGCGACUGAUGGACAGCAGUGGCCACCGGGCGGCGAGGGACACCUGUUCCAUAACCGUGGUGCCUCCAGACGAGUGCGACAAAACGUCGUCCCCUAACGAGGUCACGGUGCCGGUCGUCGACACUACAACUGCAUCGCAGCCGACGACCAAGCUGGCGCAGGCCAUCCGAAAGAGCAUACGCGACAUACGCAAGCAACUGACGAACACGGUGAGCGACGGGGCGGUGGACGUGGAGCAACAGCAACAGAGCGGUUCCGCGGUCCAUAGCAGUGACGCCGCGUCGGCCGCUCUCCGCAAGUCCGACGCUCAGAUCGUGGCCACCAACGCGGCAACAACCGACUAG